AUUUGGUUAACAUUAUAAUAAAUAUAAUUUUAUUAAGGAAAUGAACGAAUCUUAGACGAACCCGAAGGUAGUGAUUGGACGCAGUUCAAGUAGGUCACCUUUUUGGGUUUAAAUUUUAAACAGCUCUGCUUUUUUUUCAUAGGACCCAUCACUUCCAGAGUUCAAAGAUUUUACCACCGCGACGGAGUGGGAGAAAUUUACAGCAACGCUCGAACAGCUAAUCGAGGAAUGGAGGCUACCAAACGUCGUCUCGACGGGCCCCAUGGAAAGCGGUUCGCUCACAACUGGCGAAUGGAAGAGUCGUUCAGAUAUGAUUUCGUUUGCCGCAUAUCGAAUGAUCAUCACACGGCACUAUCUUGAGGGGUCGACGAAAGAACGGUCCGAGAAGGACCAGGCUCAAGAAGUAUUCGAAGAGUCGGAAGAAUAUCAAGGCGCGCUUCCGUUUACAAUGGAUGACUUGCUCAGCUUCACGAAUGAUUUUCCUGCGAAAGCCCACUACCUUGUUAGAUGGUAUGGGCUUCGAGACUUCCUAUUGGUGACCCCAGAUAUGGGCGAUGAUACGAUUUCAAGCGUUGAUAGACAGAAACUGCUUUUGGGUUCGAUAUGCACCGCCCUUCGAAACACUAACUGUCAGUUACCCAUAUUCGUACAAAUGCACCACCCAAGAGAGAAGAUUGCGUGUGGAGUUAUGUGUGCUCAGGGUUUCCACUGUUAUUUCAACAUGGUCAAACUUGUUCACACACCAAAAGGGUGUGACACCUUAAAUGGACUGCUUUCUCUAUUUAAAAACAAGCUUUGUAACAGCAGUCUAUACACACAUCUCCCGGUGGAUGUCAGCAUUCGGUUCACUUAUGUUCUAAAUGAUUGGACUUUUUUUGAUGAGGGGUCUAUUCGACCCGAUCAACUAAACAUCGAUCAAGUAAUGAAAUUUGGAGAUCUGCCGCUUGGGUCAGCAGAAGAACCCAUUUCUGAAUUUCGCCUUAUGGUGUCGUGGCCUCAGCUCGCAGAGGACGUGGUCAACGACAGCAUCGCCCAUUCAGACCUAGUGCCUGCAAAUGCACCGGAAUGGUGUGUCACAGUCAAAUAUGUCAGCGAGCCAUGUUGCUACCUUGAAAAUUAUUUGGGAGAAUUUGAGGCUGUACUUUCGAAAAAGGAGAGUCUUGAUCUUGUGCUCAGAGCUAUUAUAAGGGACGAAAUUGAUCCAGGACUUGCAAACGUUAUGGAUCGCCUUGCUGAACCGAAGGUCAGGGUCCCGGAUCUGGCAGCUACUAUUAUUCCCGGGGACAAUAAGGAGAAAAAACGUCGCUUAGCUGAUGACGAGACGAUUAUAAAAUUUAUGAAUUACAUCUUUAUUCCGCCUGUUGAGGAUGAUACUUCGAUGUGGUCUUCGAAUAAGGGUCACAUCGAGUUCGGAGACCUUCGUACCGCAUUCCGCUCACAAUCAGCAAAAAAACGUUCAGAAGCCGAAGAGAUCGCUAGGCUCAAACAAAGACUCACGUGCCUCAAGACCACGUCACGGAACUCAUUCGUAUGGAGGCUUUCACUUGCUUUGGCGGAAGCGUAUCACACUUGUGGGGGCAUCGAAGGCCUCGCGCAGUUUUGGGUUAAAAUUGUAGCAGAACUAAGACAUCACUUCGAACGUGGCUAUGUCAUCGCAAGCAUUGAGCCGGGCGCGCCAAAUCUGGCGAUGUGCCUGCUGCACCAGAAGAUUCAAAUGUUGAAUUGUUGUAUUGAAACAAGAAAUGCGCGAGAGGGUAACGUUGACUAUCGGGAUCGCUCAUUAAUCGACAGCGAUGAGGAGCAAAUGUAUCUAAGAGAAGGUCAACGUAACGGUGUACCGUCCCCUCAUCACCCGAAUCGGUAUCAAACUUCGAAACUCAACAAGGAAAACAGCGAGAGUAGCGACUCAGCUUCAGAUGACGAUUUCUACGAGUGUUCAGAUAGUCCAACCACCACAACCACAAGUUCGGGAACAAAAGACAGCAGGGUCGAUCCGACGAUUCACGAAGAAGAAAACAAAAUGGAACGAGAAACAAACACUGAACCUUCGAGCCCCGCUGAAUUACCGACAGAUGAUCGAUCAAGGGUAGCCGCCGAUACGAAUGGGAAUAGAAACUCUGUCGACAAUGGUCAAAAUAAAGAUGGCGAAGCCGAGGAGUCGUUUGUAAUGGCUGCGGAGACCCUCAGUGGUGCAAUACCGGAAGGCCGACUAAAGCCCUGUGGAGUGUUGCGGCUUAUAGGUUCCGACGAAAGGAUGUGGGUUCCUCGAUGUCAGCAAUCAUCGCCUAUGACUGAGGACAUGCUACAGGAACACGCGGAUGCAAUUCUCAAGUUGGCGUCAAGUCCUGAAUGUGGCCGUCUAACAGCGAGAUUUCAAAGCGCGUCCCUAUUCAGCGAUAUGGAAUCGUUCAAGGCUGCUAACCCCGGCUGUCGCCUGGCUGAUUUUGUUCGAUGGUUUUCACCCAGGGACUGGACGGAACCUAUGCGUGACGAGAACGGAGUGAUAGUAAAAGAAGGCGAGCUGUCCAAUCGAAUGACGCUUCCAGGAAAUAUGUGGCAGGAUCUCUGGCAACAAGCUAAACCAAUACCAGCUAAUCGGCAACGAAGACUGUUCGAUGACACAAAAGAGGGGGAAAAAAUUCUUCAUGGAUUCCUGACCAUGAGCCCUUCAGAUAUUGCUGCCGCUGUACUGCCCUGCUUAAUUCAGGCUGGCCUAGAGAAAAUAUGUGAAAACGUGCAUAAGGGUCCUCGUGAUAUGAUUCCUUUCACGGAGCAACUCAUUGAACAAACAAAACGAGAGCUGAGGAUGAAACAGCCAAACUUUAAAGAUCUUAUUCGGCGAAUGUAUGAAGCUGAGACUGGUAUCGCACGUGCGGAGAGUUUAAGGCAGAAACUCUCUAAAAAGGACACUUCAGAGGAUGACGUCAGUGGAUCGUCUCUGAAGCGUUUCCUAACAUUAAAAUCACAGGAUUCGCCCACAGUGAGUGUGGAAGAGCUUAUCUUCGAUCUACUCGAUAAACCUGAGGUGCAAAUCGAAGGUGGUGCACGGGGCGCGGUAGGAGUUGCCAUUACCAACUUAUUUGAGAACUCUCGAAGGGCCGUUAUGGACGACCCAACAUCGUCAGUAUCCUCCUCCGGUGUGCGAUCUAGCCGCCGUUUGCCCCCGUCACAGCAGUUCCCGACACCAAUCGGAAAGGAGUUUAUCCUUCGAACAAAAUUUCCGCGGCCUUCGUCCUGUUCGCGUCAGGGCGCUCACCGUAUCUAUGCCGUGAUCACUGGGAAUGAGUUCAGAUUAGCUGGGGCCUUCACUGAAGAUAUGCUAUUCUUCUAAAAUAGUAGUGACAAUGGGAAAACUAACGACGCGCCUUUAUGUUAACUAAACGAAACAUAUAGAUACUUUUUUCUAUACGUAACGACAAAUAUGGGCACAAUGCAUUCGUGGCGUUUGACGGUUCUCAUUUUCGUAGCUGCAAUUGCUCCUAUUGUACUAAGCAUCUAAUGUUGUUUAUUUUGACGAACGUGCCCCUAAGCGCGCCAAACACCUGCUAGAAGCCUUUUUUAAGUCACGUUAAAUUAUAAUAACUACAAACAUAAGAACUUUUUCGAAAAAUUGAACUCAAUUGAUAUUACGAGGCUUUAGCGCAGACCUCAGCUGUCCAUGUACGGUAGGCAAUAUAUAUAUAUAUAUAUAGAUUGUUUACCGUACAUGUAUAUAUAAAAGC